UUAGUAAUUGGUUUCAAGUCGUGGUUCGGUUCGGUAUGGUCUCGUAGACACAGUUCAGUUUUGAAGCAACAGUAAACACGAUCGGACGGAAAAUAGGAUUUUAGUUUUGAGAUUCAGGAACAUCAAACUGCAGUCCUCUCUUCUUGACUCUGUGUUUUGGUAGAACACUUCCCAGCAGAGUAGUGUUAGGUCCAAUGGAAUGGAAAACACAUAACUAUCUUAUGAGGUAGAAAUCACGAAAAACAGCAUGAAUUAGAAGUGAUAAGCUGGAAAAACUGUGAAAGAGCAAGAAAGUGAAAAAGGACUUUUUUUCGUAAAUUGGUAAAAAUGUGUGACUUGGUGCGGUGUUACUAUCCACAAUCGAUGCCAUAUAGGUAUCCAACAAACACUUUGUCGCAGGACGGAAAAGCGUCCAACUAAAGUUCCGUCAUACUUCCGGACAGUGCUUGACCAGUAGGUCUCGUAAAACAAAAAACGAUAUUUUUUGUCAAUUUGUCCAUUAGUGAUAGAGAGAAAAAUAUUUGGAAUAUUUCCAAAAUCGUGAAUUCGGAACAGAUUUCCGAUAUCCUUGGGCAGUGAAUAAUCGGGAAAACCCCCCUCGAAGCCAAGCGCAACAAGAACAGCAUCGGUCGGAAAAGCUAAUGAAAAACUGAAAUUUCCUCGGUCUCGAAAGAGCAAAACAAACAAGAAAAGCAAAAUACACAGCGCCUAACAAAGCUACUCUAAACGGCGAGAGCUACACGAUACGCACAAUUUUCUUGUAUUUUCGUAGAAGACUUAGGUGAUUAAACGCUUCGAGUAAAGUUUAUUUGGAAGAAGUUGAUAAUCUACACAGUGUCGGUUCAGUGGAAGUUCUGAAAUUUUUAGCAACUUUGUUGGAAAAAAGCCGAAGGGAAAAAUAUGUAAACGGUGUUUUCGAAGUUCCUAGCGGGCUUUUGUGGAAAAAAAAGUUGGAUUGGUUAUUAAUCUGAAGAGCUCAGUGAAUUGCAACGACCUUAAAGUUUACAAAUGAGACAGGGGAUGAAUUAGAAAUCAGUAAUCGACAGAGAAUGAAUCAAAACGAAUUGUGAAAAAUAGAAUCAUAUUUGUGCUGAACAAACAUCCUAAGCUUGAGACAUCAAAGAGCAACAGUUCUUGUUACCAGAGAAGAAGCAGGAAAAAAAAAACAAAAACCGCCCGCAUAAAAAAGGGCAAAAAGUGAUUAUCCGUGAAAGAGGCCGGCCAGCGAAAGCACUAAACUGAUGUCAUUGGACUUGUAAAUCAAAUUAUUUACGUUUGUUUCAACGUGAAACUGGGUGCUCAACCAACGGUCGAAUGUUUAAUAAACAACAGAGCAGAAUAGCGAAAAAGUGCAACCGAAAGCAAGUGUGAGAAGUGUGAUUCCGCGGAGAAAAGUGCAGCUGCAGGCACAGCUAGCGAUUGCAAGGCGGGUAUGUUGAUAAGUGUCUAAAAAAAGAUUUUUUUGCUCUUGUCUUGUCACCACUUGCAAACCCCACCAACCCAACUCAGAAAAGAAGGUGCAAAUGCCGAAUGCAGCGCGUGAAAAUUUCAUGAAGAAAAAUUCGAAAUAUUCCCAAAACACGUAAACUGGUGCUGCCCCACGUCAAACAGUGAAUUAGUGAGAACAAGUGAAGCGAGUGCUACUAGAGAGAAAAAAAAGGAAAAAACGCGUGCAGAUUUCUGCACCCUCCCCCCAUACAAAAUAUGGUCCCCCAGCACAAUCACGACUUGCAGCUGGUAGUGUCCCAAAGUGGUGAGAUGAUGGAUACCGGUGCAGUGCAGGUGCAGCUUGGUAACAAUUCCGGAGUCCCGUUGACUUCGCUGCUCGUUGACACCACAAUGCUCCAGCAGCAACAGCAGACGGCUUUGGCGAACGGUCAAACGGUGGCCAUGGUUCAGCAACAGCAGCAGCAGUUGGUCCCACCGGUGCUCUUCGGGUCCCAAAUGGUGGACAAAAAUUCGAGCACACCCUACACCGAUGCAACACAGACUAAAAAGCACAGCCCAGGACACAUCAAACGCCCGAUGAAUCCGUUCAUGGUGUGGAGCCAGAUCGAGCGGCGCAAGAUCUGCGAGGUCACUCCGGACAUGCACAAUGCCGUCAUCAGCAAGAACUUGGGCGCGCGAUGGAAGGCUCUAAGCGAAGCUGAACGGCAACCGUUCAUCGACGAAGCGGAACGACUGAGGAAGCUGCACACCCAGGAGUAUCCGAACUACAAAUACCGUCCAAAGAAGAAGCAGGUCAAGGGUUCGAGCAAAAGCAGCACCGGAAACGGAUCUACGUCGGCUUCGUCCUCGUCAGCAUCGUCUACCUCGUCGCGGGAUAGCUGCGGCAGUUCGACAUCGUCUUCGUCAUCUUCCUCCUCUUCGUCGUCGUCCUCAUCGUCCGGUAAGUCCCGAACAGGCCGGCGCAGCAACGGCAAAGUCAGCAAAAACGACAGCAACAACAACAACAGCAGUAAUCUAAAGUCGAAAAAGGCACUGCUUAGGGCGGAAAUCAAGGAUACCAAUGGAAACUUCGAUGAACAGUUUAUGAGUCCCCUGGUCCCGGCGAUAAAACCAAGCUCUCCGGAAGGAGCAACUUACUUCGAGGACAACUCCAUGAUCUCGCCAGAAUCAACGUUUACGAAUGGAAUUCAUUUGGAGUUUUCAAACCUGGACGAGUUCUCUCCGGACGAAUGCAGUAAAGGCUUCGUAAGGCUUAUCGGUGAAAACGAUGAAGACAGUAAGAGGAUGCUUUUGAACAAUAAUCAGUUCACGAAUGGUUUGGAUGCAGCAAUGAACAUGAAUGGACUUGAUCAGAUGAUCGUGGACAUGAAGAGUGAAUCAUGCUUUGAAGAGGAUUGUGAACAAUUUGACCCGUAUAUGACCGAACCGAUUACCAAGAGGGACAACAAUCCGUACUGUGGAAGCCAUAGUGACCAAUACACUCGUUCAAGCCCAGUGAGCGUCAGUUCGAUAAACGAUGUCGGAUACAACGGCCUGUUUACGACGGUCAGCAUAGCCAAAGGAAAUAAUCCCACCCUAGCGAGCUUUAGUGAACUGUCGAGUACGGUUCCGUCACAUGCUUUGUUACUUUCCUCCAUAAACAUCAACCAGCUGAACUCGCUCAAUUCGGUUAGUCAGCUAGCCGAGAAUCACCAACUGCAACAAUCCAGCCCGCUCAAUAGCAUUUCGUCCAACUGCCAAUCUUCAGCUCUGAUAACAAGUAGCUGCUCCAGCACCAACAUCAACAGCAUCACCACGACGUCCAACUGCAACGGAAUGGUGCUCAGCGACUGCAAUACCAACGGUCUCAUCAGCAGUUCAGCGAUAACCUUCAGCCAGCAGGCCCACCUCAACAACGAGCAGCUGGACCUGAUCAACAUGGUGCCCGACGAUCUGGAAGACAUCCGGAUCGAUGGGCUGGAGACGGCUUCGUCGUCCAGUGGAUCACAUCUGGAGUUCACCUGCCCGACGGACGUUUCCCAACUGUUGGACCUCAACAUGCAGUACGUGCUGAACUAGAGAGGCUGGGCCCGGUUCGAGUACUCUGUUGGGAAGUGUGUGGGUGUCUGGUUGCCAGAAGCGCAGAGCAGGAAAGAUACAAAGAGAGAGAGGAAAGGUACAUCGAUUUGAGAAAACCAAAAAAUAAGUGCAUUAUCGUGAGAGAGGGAGAGAGAGAGCGAGCGUGCGAGAGUCAGAUUAUUCGAGGGCCAGAAUGGUAGCGAGAGGAUGUUUGUUUUAAUAGUAUAACAGAGUAAGUUUUAAUGUGGGAGACAAAUCGAAAAAAAGUAAAUUAAAAAGUGUUGUGAUGAGGACGAAAUUGAAAAGUUUUUUUUUUGUUUUUGGUGGAAGCUGAAGGAAGGAAGGCGAAAACACAAAUGCGGUUUUUAAUUAAUUGAGAAGUUGGGUUCGGUAUGGUAAAAAAACUGGAGGAUCGUGAAAAGGAACAGUGAGAACUUGAUGGAGCAAAUUGAAAGAUUCAGAAUAUCAAACUGGACACAUUAUUUUUAUUGAAACACUAUUUAAGUGACAGAAUUUUUAACUACGGUCGGUCAACUGAAGAAAAGAUAUUUCUCGCAGGGACACAUAAAUAUGCUGGGAAAAGUUCUGUAAGUUGCCAUUUUCCCGCUUUUAAUUGAUGGCCACAAUGGUUUCGUCUCUGCCGCCUGGUUCGCCAUCGCCGGCAGUUCGGCAAAAGUUUGUCAUCUUUUUUUUUUUCCUGUCAAUAUAAAAGACCCGUCAAGAGUGAGAGCGGUUGGCCAAAGUAGGAAAUGUUUUGUGGCAUUUUCCAUUAAGUCAUUACACUAAUAGCUUGCCUCCUUUUUUCGCUCAUAGUUGUUGGUUCUGUAGGAAAAGUUUGAAAAAAGCAAUUGAAGUACGAAUUCAACAGGGAAAUUUCCCUGUUCGGACCCUUCUUCAAACCAGCCUAGUCGGCAGAGGUCCUUCGGGAAGGGUGAUUGCUUGGACAAAACAAACACCGAACCAGAAGCUCUGGAAGCUGAAGGCACCCAAAACUUGUGCACGGAAAUUGAUCAACUGUUAUUAAAAUUUUCUCGGGAUGUUGUUUUUCAGCGAUUUCUCUGAUUGAAAGAAGAUGAACCGAUCACGAACCGAACGAAUCACAUCUGCUGCCAAUAAACUAAAUUCAAUGGCACGGAAAAGUCUUCGUUUCGUAGCGGAGAGAAUAUAAAAUCCACUUUUCCGGCAGUUUGAGUCGAUGCCAGCAAGGAAAAAAAAGCUCGAGCCGGAUUGAAUGAUGAAAAGAACGAAUUAUGGUUAUUGAAUGAUUUUCUGUUUUGCCCUUGGUGUUCGUUGAUCCGGUUGUUGGGAGUCGAAGACGAUGCUUGAUUUAUGUUGCGCUGCAUAAAUCAUGCAGCAUAAUCCUAUUAUAGGAUCGAAGCUCAAACCACAUCGAUCGAGGAGAGGUAAGGUCAUUUGGGGUUCCAUGAUGAUGAUGAUGUGCUGCAAACUCGUUGAGACGUACUGUGCUCUUCAGGUGCCCUAAUUAUUACUCUCACUGAGUUGGAAAUUGUCCAAGGUAUAUGCUAAAGACGACCAAAAGUGAGCUAUUCUGAGUUACGACAGGCUUGAUAAAGCUCCUCAACAUUAUCAGAGUUCGAUGACACACUCUAGACUUCUAGAGCAACGUGCUGUAUUUGCCUCACUCUUUGCGACUAAGCGAAAAAAUGGCAAGCAGAGAGGCAACUUAAAAUGAGCAAGGAAGAUGCCGCACAAAACACAAUAGAGUAAAAUUCAAGCAAAAAAGAGUGCCGUUACAACUCUGCGAGGCCUGUCUUGGUCGGGCGGGACACUCAAAGAGCUCUUAUGAAGCGUGAGUAAAGGUGAGCAUAGCAUAGAGA